CGGGUCAACAGUUAAACAUACCAGAACAUAACGCCGACAGUCAUCUCGUAGCUAUAUGGAAAGCAUGCUCGAUUGCUCCCGGCACUAAAUCCAAGCACUUGGAAACUACCGAUUACUACUAUUACGUUAGGCUGCGCCGAUACCGAAGUCUUGAGCUGUAUUCUCUCGUCUACUCCUGGGAGCUGGAAACGCUGCUGACCCAAGGGUCGGAGAAAAUCUUGUUUUUUUUUCGCUGUCAUCGGUGAUACUUCGUUCAAUCUUGCCCGCGAAAAGACGCUCUUUGGGGCUGGUCUUGAACAACCGGCUUACUUCGGCAAGCAUCCUCUAGACCUUCCUGAAUCAUACCAUCCCCCCCCCCCGACAUCCAACCCUACAACAUUUCCAAUGCUCGUUACCAGGCAUCUCAAUACGGAGCAAAACCACUGGUCCAGUAAAUUUGAGACCGCGUUCCCCAAGCCCACAAGCCCACGCAUGUCGAGCUACGACGGUCAUCUGUCGACACAGCCCGACUGGCAGGGGCAAUACUCGUUUCUGCCGCCAGGGGAGAACAGUAUCUUCGCGCAGUCCUUCCAGCAAGUUUCGGGAUCCAACAGCAGCAAUGAAGUAGCCUCCCAGAGGCGCUCCUCGAGUGCGCACAACAGAACUCUAGAGAGCGCAAACCAGACAACACAGAGCAGUCUGAGCCCGCCUAUGGGUCACCAUCGGGCGUUGGAUCCCCUGGGUCUACGACAGCCAAAGGCCGAAUCUCCUGGGCAGGAGCCGUCCGAUGUACAGGGCCCGAGUUACGCUGUCAAGGCAGAGACUGCCCACGUGGAGUCACUCGCUUCUACUGAUAUCCAAGGGCAUCCGCUUGGGACAAGUACGGCAGGGUCAGGGCCUUCGUCAGGGCAGGGGCAAGAGACGACCUCAAGCACGGCCGGAAACGAAGAGACCGGCGUAGGAAAAGAUGAAGAGGACGAGGUACUAGAAGACGACGAAAUGGGGGAGGCAGAGGGAGAGACGUCCGCACAACCGCAGACCGCAGCUGAGCGUACCGCAGCUCGGAGGAAAAUGAAACGUUUUAGGCUUACCCACCAGCAAACGCGAUUCUUGAUGAGCGAGUUUGCGAAGCAACCCCAUCCCGAUGCUGCGCAUCGAGAGCGGCUCUCUAGAGAGAUCCCGGGCUUGAGUCCUAGACAGGUUCAGGUCUGGUUUCAAAACAGGAGAGCCAAGAUCAAGAGGCUUACAGCCGAUGACCGAGAUCGCAUGAUCAAGAUGCGCGCCGUGCCAGAUGACUUUGACAAUGUCCAGGCAUUGCAUUCCCCAUACGGCGCGGUCCACGGAGUGGGAGCCCCCAUUACUCCUCCUGUCGACUUCGGCACUUCUUCGUACACGGAUCAUAUCAUGCGACCAUUGAUGGUAGACACCAUGCGGAGAGGGGAUAGCGACGAUCAUAUAUCCUCCAGCAGCCUGAGUCCCGCGUUCGGGGGCAUUAGCUUCACACCCUCGGGCACGAUGGGCAGCUCCGAUCUUCUCUCUCCGCUGUCAUCGCCGCCCUCAAACGACCGGGGGUAUUACUCGAGCCACUUGACUGGCCCCCUCGGGGGUCCUCAUAGGACCUCGAACCCGUUUGCGAGGCAAAGCAGCCUCGAUUCUGGGGUCCAGAUGCAUUCGCAAAAUAGACAGCAUAUCCGCCCCUUGCAACCCCUUCAACUCCGGGAGACGAUAGCACGGUCGCGGCCAGAAAGCUUGCAAUCACCUUUGCGCUCGAGCAUGUCGUGGAAAGGGGAUUCUAUAGAUUACACUACAUAUCCCGGCGCAGGCGGCAGCCCUGCCAUGGGUGCAGGGCACCGAUCUAUGUACCAGCCGGAGCAGAUGGGAAGCAAUUCUGGUAGUUCGCUAGGCUACGAUUCCGGCUCUUAUACCUCUUCAGGUGUCCAGUCCUCUCCACCCAACAUCAACUAUUCGAGUUUGCAGCAGCCUUCGCAAAAUCGAUCACGCCUUCGGGCAGCUUCUGCAAAUCUCCCACUCGGCCUCGACCUACGACACCAAUACCGACCAAUGUCUUCUAGCCAUAGCCUCCAGUCUCCCAGCCAUUCUUCCACUCCCCGAAGCACUGCCACGGCCCCUUACGGACCGUCAUCUUCGUACACUACUAGUUUUCCGACCACCCCGCUAACGGCACCCAUCGAUUUCCCGCUUUCCAGGGCAUCGGGGAUCAACAGAAGUUCGGUUCAAGAGUAUCCGAUUCCCCAGAUGAGCGCGCCCAUCGCGGCUCCCCAGGACUUCACCCAAGCAUUACACAGCAACAUGGGCGGUUCGAACACUCGGACGCCUAUGAGGGACAGUUUUAGCAGCAGCCCCUUGGGCAUGAACCAGGGACAGGGGUCUAGCGAAAGGAGCGACGACUACUCGCAAGAGGGGCUGGGUGCGUCCGGCUCGAACAUGAAGCGUAAGCGGAGCUCGUUCGGCCUCUCGCAGGGCGGCCACAACCCCGCGUCCGGUCAAACAUCUCAGCCUUACGGACACGCGGCUUAAGAAGAUGAUUUCGAGCGUGUACUGGUGGCCAAGGGCUCAUUAGUCACUAAGAAAAUUCCCACGGUGACGAAGUCGAAGAGGCUAUGCGAUUUUCCCCAUUCAACCCUAGGCCCCCUCUUGGAAAAAAAAAACAAUACCCAAGUUUUGCUUCUUCUUCCUCUUCUCCUCCCCCUUCUUCUUCUGCCUUUCCUGGUUAUUUUUAGAGUACCAUGUGCUACUGUAUAUAUUUUAUUCCAUUCCACCCCAUUCUACCCCAUUCUACCCCAUUUUAGUUUUACUUUUUAUUCUUCUCUGUUUACUUGUUACAUUGCAUUUGUCGGUGUGGAUGUGUGUGUGACCAGGCUUUGGGAGUGUCGAGCGUUUUGAUAUUGCGGCGAUUUGGCGGGUACAGACUGUUUUAUUUUGUUUUAUUUUACGACUUCAGAAAAGAACAUAUACAUACAUACUGGGAGGAGGGCAUGGCAGACACGACGACGGAACUGAAGGAAAAGGAGGGAUCAAGAGAUGGCAUAUUCUGACGUAUUUUCUAUCGCUUCGCCAGCGACCCCCGUUUACCUCUCGACUACAUGUAUAUAGAAGAAACCACCUAGUCAAACUGAGGCAGAUUAUCACCUGUAAUUCGAGCUUCGAGCCCCAUCAUUAUCA